AUGUGUUCUCCCUCACAGACUAAAUACAAUCUACCAUCAUGGUGUGAUCGUGUUCUGUGGAAGUCCUACCCACUGGUGCAUGUGUUCUGUCAGUCAUACGGUGAGACUACUGCAAUGAUAAUUGAUCGAUUUGAUUAAUUGUAGUAACCAAUAAAAUAUGUUUCAUCUUAGCUAAUAUUAUACCAAUUAUAUCAUUUUGCAACCUCUCUUGCAGGGUGCACCAAUGACAUCAUGACCAGUGACCACUCUCCAGUUUUCUCAACAUUUGAAGUCGGGGUGGCAUCACAGUUUGUCUCCAAACAUGGUACGGUUUCUAACUUCAUUAGACAACUACUGUCUGUAUCUGAUGUGUAAAGAUCUGAAGAGAAUUGUCAAAAGACCAAUUAGUGGGAAAAAAUAUCAGCCUGUGUGUCUGACAUAACUGACAUUAAAUUUAAAGUAUUUCGGAAUGAUCUGCCCCUAAGAAGUUUUUCUAGUGUUUUCCUUGUCAAACUCCAUAGACAACUAUAUAGGUUCGAAUCCAGGCUCUGUCGUAGCCGGCCGCGACCCGGGAGACCCCAUGGGGCGGCGCACAAUUGGCCCAGCGUCGUCCAGGGUAGGGGAGGGAAUGGCCGGCAGGGGAUGUAGCUCAGUUAGUAGAGCAUGGCGUUUGCAACGCCAGGGUUGUGGGUUCGAUUCCCACGGGGGGGGGGCCAGUAUAAAAAAAGAAAUAAAAAAAAAGAAUGUAUGCACUCACUAACUGUAAGUCGCUCUGGAUAAGAUCGUCUGCUAAAUGACUAAAAUGUAAAUGUACAACUGUCUUUCCAGAUCCCAACAGUGUGUCUCAGGGUGGGAUCAAGUUCAUGAACUGCGUUGCCACGCUCAUGACCAAGUCCAAGACCAAGUUCUUCAUCGAAUACCACUCCAGCUGCUUAGAGAGUAAGAAUAGGCUACUUCCUUAUUCGAUCCGAACACGGUGGUCAGUGGAUCAUAGGAUAACACUAAAAUCAAACGUAUUUGUCAUGGAUCACCAUUAGCUGCUGCCAAGGUUACUCUUCCUGGCGUUCAGCAAAAAUUUAAGGCAGUAAUAAACAUUAUAAUAAAAAUUCUAAACAUUAAAAUACAUCUUACAACAGAUUUCACGAUACAUUAAGUGUGUGCCCUCAGGCCACUAUUCUACUACAACACACCAUCCAGGUGUACGUGUGUGGAUAGUGUCUAUGUUAUGUGUGUUUGUAUGCGUGUGUUUGUACCUGUGUGUGUGACUCUUCACAGUCCUCGCUGUUCCAUAAGGUGUAUUUUAAUCUGUUUUUUUUUUUUUUAUCUAAUUUUACUACUUGCAUCAGUUACUUGAUGUGGAAUAGAGUUCCAUGUAGCCAUGGCUCUAUGUAGUACUGUGCGCCUCCCAUAGUCUGUUCUGGACUUGAUGACUGUGAAGAGACCUCUGGUGGCAUGUCUUGAGGGGUAUGCAUGGGUGUCCGAGCUGUGUGCUAGUAGUUUAAACAGCAUUCAACAUGUCAAUACUUCUUACAAAAACAAGUAGUGAUGAAGUCAAUCUCUCCUCUACUUUGACCCAUGAGAGAUUGACAUGUAUAUUAUAAUGUUAGCUCUAUGUGUACAUUUAAGGGCCAGACGUGCUGCCCUGUUAAGGGCCAGUUGUAAUUUUUCCAAGUCCCUCUUUGUGGCACCUGACUUCACAACUGGGCAGUAGUCCAGGUGCGACAAAACUAGGGCCUCUAGGACCUGCUUUGUUGAUAUUGUUAUUAAGAAGGUAGAGCAGCAAUUUAUUGUGGACAUAUCUCUCCCCAUCUUAGCUACUUUUGCAUCAAUAUGUUUUGACCAAAACAGUUUACAAUCAAUUUCCAUAUUAUUCAUUACAAUAUUUAGUUCAGGUUUAGGGUUUAGUGAAUGAUUUGUCUCAAAUACAAUGCUUUUAGUUUUGGAAAAUGUAGGACUAAUUUACUCCUUGCCACCCAUUCGGAAACUGAAUGCAGCUCUUUGUUAAGUUUUGCAGUAAUUACACUCGCUGUAGUAGCUGACGUGUAUAGUGUUGAGUCAUCCGCAUACAUAGACACACUGGCUUUACUCAGAGCCAGUUGCAGGUCAUUAGUAAAGAUUGAAAAAAGUAAAGGUCCUAAACAGCUGCCCUGGGGAAUGCCUGAUUCUACCUGGAUUAUGUUGGAGAGGCUAACAUUAAAGAACACCCUCUGUGUUCUGUUAGACAGGUAACUCUCAAUCCACAAUAUAGCAGGUGGAGUAAAGCCAUAACAUGUACGUUUUUCCAGCAGAAUACUAUGAUCGAUAAUGGCAAAAGCCGUACUGAAGUCUAACAAAACAGUUCCCACAAUCUUUUUAUUAUCAAUUUCUCUCAGCCAAUCAUCCGUAAUUUGUGUAAGUGCCGUCCGUACAUGUUGAAUGCCCUUCCCUAUAAGCGUGCUGAAAGUCUGUUGUUAAUUUAUUUACUGUAAAAUAGCAUUGUAUCUGGUCAAACAUAAUAUUUUCCAAAAGUUUACUAAGGGUUGAUGACAGGCUGAUUGGUCGGCUAUUUGAGCCGACCAAUGGGUAGUGGAAUGACUUUUGCUUCCUUCCAGGCCUGAGGGCACACACAUUUUUGUAAGAUUGGAGAUAUGGCAAAUAGGAGUGGCAAUAUCGUCCGCUAUCAUCCUCAGUAAUUUUCCAUCCAAGUUGUCAGACCCAGGUGACUUGUCACCUCUUCCACACUCACUAUACGGAAUUCAAAAUGACAAUGCUUGUCUUUCAUAAUUUGGUCAGAUAUACUUGGAUGUGAGUUCAGCGUUUGUUGCUCUCUUGUCAUGCCUAAGUUUGCUAAUCUUGCCAAUUAAAAAAACUAUUCAAGUAGUUUCCAAUAUCAGUGGUUUUUGUGAUGAACGAGCCAUCUGAUUCAAUUAAUGAUGGAGCUGAGUUAGCCUUUUUGGCCCAAAAAAUGUUUAAGAUGCUCCAAGGCUUUUUACUAUAAUUUAAACUUUCUUUUUGUUCUGUUUAGUCACAUGAUUUCUCCAUUUGCAGUAGGUUUGCCAAUCGGUUAUGCAGCCAGACUUAUUUACCAUUCCUUUUGCCUCAUCCCUCUCAACCAUAACAUUUUUUCAAUUCCUCAUCAAUCCAUGGGGAUUUAACUGUUUUUACAGUCAUUUUCUUAAUGGGGGCAUGCUUAUUAGUAACUGGAGUAAGCAAUUUCAUAAAUGUGUCAAGUGCAGCGUCUGGUUGCUCCUCAUUACACACCACAGACCAGCAAAUAUUCUUUACAUCAUCAACAUAGGAAUUAAUACAAAACCUCUUGUAUGACCUCUUAUACACAAUAUUAGGUACAGCCUUUGGAACUUUGGUUUUCCUAGAUAUGGCUACUAUAUUGUGCUCACUACAUCUGAUGGAUUUGGAUACUGCUUUAAAGCAGAUUUCUGCAGCAUUAGUAAAGAUGUGAUCAAUACAUGUGGAUUUCAUUCCUGUUCUGUUUGUAAAUACCCUGGUAGGUUGACUGAUAACCUGAACCAGGUUGCAGGCACUGGUUACAGUUUGAAGUUUUUCUUGAGUGGGCAGCUUGAUGAAAACCAGUCAAUAUUUAGGUCACCCAGAAAAUAUACCUCUCUGUUGAUAUCACAUACAUUAUCAAGCAUUUCACACAUGUUAUCCAGAUACUGACUGUUAGCACUUGGUGGUCUAUAGCAGCUUCCCACCAGAAUGGGCUUUAGGUGAGGCAGAUGAACCUGUAGCCAUAUUCCUUCAACAGUAUUUAACAUGAGAUCCUCUCUAAGCUUUACAGGAAUGUGGUUCUGAAUAUAGACCGCAACACCAUCCCCCGUUGGCAUUUCUGUCUUUUCAGUAGAUGUUAUAACCAUGUAUUGCUACCACUGUAUCAUCAAAGGUAUUAUCUAAGUGAGUUUCAGAGAUAGUCAAAAUAGGAAUGUCAUCUGUUACUAGUAAGUUAUUGAUUUCAUGAACCUUGUUUCUUAAGCUACAUAUGUUAUUGUGGGGUUUCUUUAGCACUUUUCUGUGAUGCUUGAUUGUUUCAAAACAAUAUAUAUCAAGAGCUCCAACUGAAAUGUAGCCUAACUCACAGUGACUGCACACUAGCAUGGUCCCAGAUCUGUUUUUCUUGCCAACUCCUAUUGUUCAUUCUCAUACCAAACUUGAAUUGGCUGUAGCGCACAAACAGAUCUGGGACCGGGCUAACUGCACACAUUCUGUCCACAGAAUUCGUCAAGAGCUCGGAAGGAGAGAACCAAGAUCACUCAGAUGGGUCCAUCAAAGUUCGGUUUGGAAACCAAGUUGAGGUUAGUUGACAUUUAAGCUAUUUUAUUUACACUAGGCUAAUUGUCUUUACAAUAUGGUGUAUUUGAUGUAAUAGAGUUGUUGAGUGUCUGACCUCUUGUCUUUUUAAAGCUCGUCCCCAUCAUCUCAGACCCAGAGUAUCUGUUGGAUCAACACAUCCUCCUGUGUGUCAAGUCCACAGACUGUGAUGAAUCCUAUGGUGAGAAAGUAGGACAACUGUGGUCUGUUUGGAGAGACUCGUUGUGACAGUGACACAGACCACAUUUGGGUUUGAGUAAAUACUAGUCUAGGUCAAUGAAUCAUGAUCAUCUAUCUCUGUCAUCAUUUAUCUCUGCCUUCAUCUAGCUCUUCCUUCAUCUAUACUCUGUCAUCAUCUAGCUCUGUAUUCAUCUAGUUCUGUCUUCAUCUAGCUCUGUCUUCAUCUAGCUCUGUCAUCAUCUAUCUCUGUCUUCAUCUAUUUCUGUCAUCAUCUAGUUCUGUCUUCAUCUAUCUCUGUCAUCAUCCAGUUCUGUCAUCAUUUCUCUGUCUUCAUCUAGCUCUUCCUUCAUCUAUACUCUGUCAUCAUCUAGUUCUGUCUUCAUCUAUCUCUGUCUUCAUCUAGUUCUGUCUUCAUCUAGUUCUGUCUUCAUCUAGGUCUGUCAUCAUCUAGCUUUGUCUUAAUCUAGUUAUGUCUUCAUCUAGUUCUGUCUUCAACUAGCUCUAUCAUCAUCUAGCUCUGUCAUCAUCUAUCUCUGUCUUCAUCUAGUUCUGUCAUCAUCUAUCUCUGUCUUCAUCUAUCUCUGUCAUCAUCUAGUUCUGUCACCUAAUUCUGUCAUCAUCUAGUUCUGUCUUCAUCUAACUCUGUCUUCAUUUAUCUCUGUCUUCAUCUAGCUCUGUCUUCAUCUAGUUCUGUCUUCAUCUAGUUCUGUCUUCAUCUAGCUCUGUCAGAGAGUAAAAGCUUUUUACUAAUCCUCCUCCUCCUGUUCCUCCUGUUCCUCCUCCUCCUCCCCCCUCUCCUCUUCCUCCUCCAUGAAAUGGUGUCAUCCCUACAGGAGAGAGCUGUGUGGCUCUGCGAGCGGCGGAGUCCUCCUACACAGAGUUCCACGUCACACUGACGCACCACGGCGAACGGACGGGCACCCUGACGGGAGGUGUACAGCUACGCACCUCAGCAGGCAAACAGACUGAGAAGUUAUAUGGUGAGACUGACACCAAUUAGUAUACUAGGCUGCAACCAAUGAAGUUAUACGUAACUGACACAAUAAGUUAUACGUGGACUACAACCAUGAUUAUACGUGACUGACAACCAUGAAGUUAUACGUGAGACUCACCAUGAUUAUACGUGAGACUGCACUGAUUAUCGUGAGCUGACACAUGUUAUCGUAGUCUGACACCAUGAAGUUAUACGGUGAGACUGACACAUUAGUUAUACGUGAGCUGACACCAAUGAAGUUUACGGUGAGGCUGCACCAUUAAGUUAUACGGUAUCCGACAACCAUGUGUUUACGUGGCUGACACCAAUGCGUUACAGUGAGACUACAACAAUGGCGUUUACGUGAGACUACACCACUGGCGUUAUACGUAGCUACCAUGCUUACGGUAGCUGACAACCAUGGCGUUAUACGUGAGGCUGCAAAAUGGCGUAUACGGUGAGGCUGAACAUGGCUUAUACGGUGAGGCUACAACCAUGCGUUAUACGUGAACUGACACCAAUGGCGUAUACGGUGAACUGACACCAAUGCGUAUCGGGAGGCUGACAACCAAGCGUUAUACGGUGAGGCUGACAACCAAUGGCGUUAUACGGUGAGGCUGACAACCAAUGGCGUUAUACGGUGAGGCUGACAACCAAUGGCGUUAUACGGUGAGGCUGACAACCAAUGGGUUAUAUGGUGAGACUGACAACCAAUGGCGUUAUACGGUGAGGCUGACAACCAAUGAAGUUAUACGGUGAGGCUGACAACCAAUGGCGUUAUACGGUGAGGCUGACAACCAAUGGCGUUAUACGGUGAGGCUGACAACCAAUGGCGUACUGUACCAUUAAAAUGUUUCUAUUUUUGUUGCAUUUUGUCUUCAGAUUUCAUCAAAGUGGAAAGGGACGAUUCUGGUGCCUCUAAAGGAAAAGGUCUUGAUCACAUCAACAAGUGAGAUCUCCCUCUUCACUCAUGGCUACUUUGCAACUUUCAAGCAAAGCUGACAUGUGAUCCCAAGUCCUUUUUAAAAAACGAAUGAAAAAAAAUUUUUUGUUUUAAGCAUGUAUGAGCCUUCACUCUUUACGUUCCCUUUACCUGUUAAUUGUGAGAUGAUCAUCUGGUUAUUGGUCCUGUUCAAUAGGUUGGCUCUUCCCGCUGAUAUCACCAACCCCAGUUACAUGGGGGUGGGCUACAAGUCUGGAGGUGUGGCAGACAGGGGCUGGAGCUACAGCAUGCCCCCCAGAUCAGGCUCCGGAGGUGGGGGUGGUGUCGUUGGGUUCGGGGGUAGGGACCAGACCCAUGGAAACAUCUCUCCCAAAAAGACUGUCUACGACCACAGCGCUGUGCGAAGCCCUACAGGAAAAGCAAUCGAUAAUGUGUACGUUUCUCUUGGACUAGCUUAGCUCUAAGAGUUAAAAAAAGAUCUACGAGUUUAUAGUUUUCAGAACUCCUGAUUGUCUGUGUGUGUGUGUGUGUGUGUGUGUGUGUGUGUGUGUGUGUCUGCCUGCCUGUGUGUCCUGUCUUCUAGUGGUGAGGACGGGAAGCCAGCGGAGAUGUUUGACAACCCUCUGUACGGCUCCAUGGGGAAGGGAGGAGCAAGAUCACGUGGAUCUAAAGACCAACCAGUCCCCCAAUGCUCCAAGGACCACCUGAUCCCUCCAGACCCCAUCUUCUCCUUCACCAAACCCUCUGACCAGGACCCUGACCGCGCUCCGGUCCCCACCCCGCGUAACCGCUCUUACACCUGUUCUGAGACCAAGCCCCCGUGUUCAGCCCCAACUGCUUCAGCCUUGGCCGCCUUCCCCUCCCAGACCUACACCAAGAACCCUGUGAAGCCGUCACGCUCUGAGGGGGGCAUGGUGCUAAUGACCAAUAGGCCACCUCUGCCCAUGAAGUCCCGCCCAGGCCAGGCGGACGCCACGCCCACUAAGCCUAGAGACUACAGAGACAGCUCGGAGCUGCCCAGCAAACUCCGCCCACCUGCAAGGCCCAUCCAGCCCCUCCCCAAAGAUGGUAAAUCUCCAGUAACUUUCCCUCAUGAAACGGUCCAUUUCACGCCAGUGGUCUCGGUUUAGAUAUCAUGCAAGCAAGUUGCUUAUAGCUUCUGUUGUCAUGGUUUUAAACUAAGCAUACCACAGAGGAAGAGGUUAUGUACAUUAAACUAUGUACAUAGUCGACACAACAGGCUGAUGUGAAAGGAACUUUGUCUGUAAUGGAAAUCUCUCUUCUCCUCUUCCCCAGCACUUCAUGAGACAACUCAACCCCCGAAGAUGGGCCGUUCAGUGAAAUGACUGUGUGUGCUUUGGCUGAAAAAGCCUCCUCCUGUCCUAUAUGUUAAAAUUAGUUGAAUGGUGGCUAGUGGCAGGUGACGACUAACUCCAACUCCUCACCCCCAGCCCGGUCGCUGCACUGCUUGCCUUCCUGACUCUCCAAAACAAGUUUCUGUCCAAACUCACCUUUUCCAUAUGCGUUAGGCCAUAUUACUGGCAACUCUCUGGGGAUUUGUGGAGUCCUCUUAAAUAAGUAUAAUUGUUAUUUUUUUUUGCACAGAAAAGCUCUUUAGAUUAUAGGAAUCAUUUUUAAAGACUUGCACAACAAUCUCAAUGUGUCUCUAUUAAACAAAAGGGAAUCAUACUCACCUGCCUCUCCUAUUCAUUUUUCACAUGUUCAUAUGCCCAGCAGCCAAGUAUCCUUUAUAUAUGUAAUGCUACCACCUGCUGGUAUGUUGACAGUAUUGCAUGCAUGUGAAUACAUUUAAAAUUAAGUGGCCAACAUAAUAAUUGGAUUGGAAAAGUUUUUUUCAUCCUUCUUCUUUUACCAACUGCAUAGAAGAUACAGUGGGGGAAAAAAGUAUUUAGUCAGCCACCAAUUGUGCAAGUUUUCCCACUUAAAAAGAUGAGAGAGGCCUGUAAUUUUCAUCAUAGGUACACGUCAACUAUGACAGACAAAUUGAGAAAAAAAUAUCCAGAAAAUCACAUUGUAGGAUUUUUUAUGAAUUUAUUUGCAAAUUAUGGUGGAAAAUAAGUUCAACACUCUGCUGCUACUGGCUGGAAUAAACUCCAACAGGAUUUCAAAAACGCAACCAUUUCAUCUCCCUCCCCAAUUUCAUCAAGAGUAUAAACUACCUGGUUAUCCACCCCUGCUUUUAACUGCUUCAGUAGCUGCUAAUGAAAUGCUAAUUAGCUGCUAAUGUGGCUAUCAUAAAGAACUACAAAUGCCAUGAUGAUCUGGACGAGACUGCCGAAUCGAGGCAAAGGUAAGAAUCUCUGGGUUAACUAUCCAAUGUUAGCUACAUUUAGUGAUGAAUACAUUGGCUGAAUUUCUUUAAGUUGACAAUUCUGUGAACAAGUUUUAAAUUGACACAAUACCUGUUAGCAAAGAUGUCAGCUAGAGGUGACAUGCAGGAGCUUGCAGGGAUUUGUAGUUCUGCAUGAUGUCUCCGUUGAUGCUAAUUAGCAUUUUCGAAUCGGAGAGUAAAUAGAGACGAAUAUAUUGAUAAAAGCCACCUUGUCCGAGAGAGAUUUACAUGGUUAUCAAAACAUCACGCCAGGGUGAGCCUACAUGAAACACAGCCCUUAUUUAAAGUUUCUAAAAUCCCAUACGGGAAAAAUGAAUAGUGGAAAAACAUGGAACCAUUUCCCUGUUUGACCGCUAGGUUUUAUGGGUAUUAUGACACCUCCCUUGUGGGGCUCUAUGGAGUUGGCAAGAGCAUCAACUAAUCUGGGACAAGGCUAGGGGUUGGGGCCUGUUGGUGAGGGGGACAAGGCUAUGGGUUGGGGGCUGUUGGUGGGGGGACCAGGGUAGGGGUUGGGGGCUGUUGGUGGGGGGACCAGGCUAUGGGUUGGGGGCUGUUGGUGAGGGGACCAGGGUAGGGGUUGGGGGCUGUUGGUGGGGGGACCAGGGUAGGGGUUGGGGGCUGUUGGUGGGGGGACCAGGGUAGGGGUUGGGGGCUGUUGGUGGGGGGACCAGGGUAGGGGUUGGGGGCUGUUGGUGGGGGGACCAGGGUAUGGGGUUGGGGGCUGUUAGUGAGGAGACCAGGCUAUGGGUUGGGGGCUGUUAGUGAGGGGACCAGGCUAGGGGUUGGGGGCUGUUAGUGAGGGGACCAGGGUAUGGGGUUGGGAGCUGUUAGUGAGGGGACCAGGCUAGGGGUUGGGGGCUGUUGGUGGGGGGACCAGGGUAGGGGUUGGGGGCUGUUGGUGAGGGGGACCAGGCUAGGGGUUGGGGGCUGUUGGUGGGGGGACCAGGGUAGGUGUUGGGGGCUGUUGGUGGGGGGACCAGGGUAGGUGUUGGGGGCUGUUGGUGGGGGGACCAGGGUAGGGGUUGGGGGCUGUUGGUGGGGGGGACCAGGCUAGGGGUUGGGGGCUGUUGGUGGGGGGGACCAGGCUAGGGGUUGGGGGCUGUUGGUGGGGGGACCAGGGUAGGGGUUGGGGGCUGUUGGUGGGGGGGACCAGGCUAGGGGUUGGGGGCUGUUGGUGGGGGGGACCAGGCUAGGGGUUGGGGGCUGUUAGUGGGGGGACCAGGGUAGGGGUUGGGGGCUGUUGGUGAGGGGGACCAGGCUAGGGGUUGGGGGCUGUUGGUGGGGGGACCAGGCUAGGGGUUGGGGGCUGUUGGUGGGGGGACCAGGCUAGGGGUUGGGGGCUGUUAGUGGGGGGACCAAGCUAGGGGUUGGGGGCUGUUAGUGAGGGGUGGGAUGGGCAGAUGGGCAGAUGGACAGAUGGACAGAUACGUUAAGUUGGGUAAUUUAAUUAGUUGAUUAGUUUAGUUUAGUUGGGUAAUUUGAUUAGCUUAGUUGGGUAUUUUAAUUUGUUUAGGUGGGUAAUUUAAAAUUGAGUGGUUAUCACAUUUUUUUUUGCAUUAUUACUAUUUUGUGUAUAGAAAGACUUCAAUGCAAAACUGUAUCCCCCUGAAAGUGCAUUCCUUGUUGGCUCUAUUUUACAUUCUACCUCACAUGUCAACUAGGGUCUCCCAGCACUUUAUACUCUUAUUUUUCAUUUGUGAAACGCUGACAACACUUACAUUAAAUGUGUAUUCGAUAGAUCAGCAUUAUUUGCCGAUGUUUGAAAUGACUGUCCAGAUUCUGCCCAGGUUAUUUUGUUCACGUUCUUCAGAAACAUUGUGCCGUGUGCAACAUUGAUAUACUGUAUUUUCUGUCUGAAUGUGACCAUCAUGAAUGAAUGGUCUGCUUUUGUUUUCCCUUUAGAUUGAGAGUUUUCGCUCCUCUUCUUUCAUAAUGAAAGACCAGGGGUGUAAUCAUUGCGCCGAUUGAAACCUUUUACUCCAAACGGAAAAUGCAAACGAGAGUUUCUAUUGGAUAAAUUCAGGUAGGUCCCGCCCCGUUUCAUUCCGUUUGCUCUGUUUGCUUCAGUUUGGUUCUUAAAUGGUUUCCAUAAUGAAUACACCCCAGGAGAUUUCAGUUUGUAGUACAGCGCUGAAGAUAUUAUUUUGAUCACCUCUUUGAUAUGUGGUGUACAUAAAACCUGAUUUGAAUCCUUUUCUGUUGUCGUUCAAUCAUUUGAAUGCAUGGGCUAUAUACAAUAUGUGUACGGCUAUGUCAUGCCAGGGGGAUAGUCGCUUGCACCAUAGACAUUAAAACUAGUUUGCAGGGGGCGCAACUCAUACUAGGAAGGUGCUCCUAAUGUUUGGUAUACUCUUUGUACAGGCCAGUCCUGGUGUCUUGAACAAGCAGAAGUCUCGUCCUUCUCCCCAGAGUGCACUACAUCAGAGAGGAAGAGGCAAAGCCAGAGGGAAAACUGGGCCCAAAAUCUGUCUUCUUUUUUUGCUUCUCUCUCUCACCAAGCGAGAAGUUGUUGUAUGGAGUUCAAUGAGAGUGUCGAAUUUGGUCAACCAAAAAUGAAUGGCUCAUUUGCUGCUUGAGGUUUAUUUGAUCGAAUAUAAGUUUCGUAAUGUUUAAGUUGUUACGACUGUACUGAUAUAAGUAGGACAUGUGACUUUCCGGUAACUUUGAGAGAAAAAAACACUUUAUAUCAGAGUUUUGCCUGUUGUUCACGUGCAUCUGCCCUCUCAUUGGCUAGAAUAGCCCCACCUGAUCUUGCCUCCUCCCAACUGCCUUCCAUUUUUUUGAAGACAUUUAUUUUUAUCGUUAGAGCGCCCACUAGAGUAUCUGGUCAAUAUAAUGGAUCAUCUGUGACUACGUAGGGAGUAGGCUGCCAGUUUGGACUCAACCUAAAUAUGUCAAACUCCCUCAUGCCAAGGGUUAAAUCUGUGAUAAGAAGUAUGUGAAUGCACACUUCUGGAGAAGGAUGGAGAAUUGGGAUGCAACCUGAGAUCAUUUUAUUGGAGAGAACUGUGUUUAAUACCUGAUAACUUGGAGGCCUCGAAGAACCUGGAGAAGAACAUAGGGAAUAUCUGUGUGUGUGUGUAUAUAUAUAUAUAUAUAUAUCUGUGAUUUAGGGCAGAAGAGGGAUAAUUGGAAUUGGGCCCAGGGUUCUGCUGAUUGGUUGAUGAAGAUGAGGUCAGCCAGCUGUAGAUCAUUUGACUAGAUGGCAGUUCCCAUAAAAACUCCAUAAAGUUCAGGACAUAAACUGCUAGAAUAUUGAUCACCUUUUCAGAGUAUCGGCAGAAUAUUCAGGGAAGACGUCACGUCACCAUACCUGUAGCAGGAAAAUGGAAGUUGUUGCUAUGGUAAGUUUACCACUUUCAUUAGAACAGUAUCUAUUCAGACCGUAUAUGUUUAAUACUGUGAGAUUAAUAUUCUUUCAAAACAAAAUAGCAAUUUCAACCAUGUCAUUCAUCCUUCAAGCAGCAAACCGUUUUAGAAUAACUUAAACUAUUUGCUUUGUGACGGGUUUGGUCAAGCAAACAGAUGUAGUCCGGUGGGCCUGCUGCAGUCCUUCCCCUGACAAGGCAUUCGCGUGCUCAUACACUGUUUAUACAGGAAGCCCAAUUAUGGGCAAAAGAUCUGAUUGGUCGAAAGACCAAUCAGUGGAGAAAAAAAUAAUCGGAAUGGCUGCCUGUGUAAACGCAGCACUUAGACUGACAAGUGCAUGUAGGUCUACAUGGGGGUGGCGUUCGUGUGUCUACGCGUCACAUCAGUGAGUCUGUGAUUGUGUGUGGAUCACUUUUGGUCCACAGAAGAUGCCUAUCGCUAAUCAUGUGGACUCUGAAACGUACAACAGCGUUGGGCCUGCAGGUGGAAUCUCUAAUGCGAUAAACAUUCCAUUUGGGCCGUCUGCGUUCGUUCAUUCUCACCUAUUUUUUUUUUAUAACCGAUACUUGUCUUCCAUGAUUUCAUGCCGUGCGCUUCCUCAUCUGUUAACAGAUUCAAUUACUUGAUUUUUAAAUGUCACAUGGUAAUAUGUAACAUAAAAUGCAACGUUCUGUGUAACUGAAGUCCUGAGUUGACUUUUGCUGUCUGUUUUGGAGGUGGAGGUUGGAUGCAACACGCAGGACUCCCAGCUAAGUUCAUCACACGAGGAGUACUCGGAUGACGAGGUAUCUUCCAUUUGCUGUACUCUAACUUGAGGGAGGAACUUUUUUAAUUAAACUGGAGGAACACUAGUGGUCAAUGAAUGAAUGCAGCUCUCGCACACAGUAGCCUAAUAAAUCGGACUGGUAACAGCUUUCUGGGAUACAGUCUGAUUUAAAGCACUGUAAAAAUGUGUAAAGUUUCCUUCCAAGCCAGUGUUUAAUCAAAUUACAUUUUAACGUACUCUACCGGUUGCAAUAUCCACAGGAAAGUAUUUCCCUGACUUUUUAGUGUUGAUAUCACCUGGCAUCUGCGCAAAACCAUCAACUUCCUCCUUGAGCACGUGUCUUGGGUGACGUGCAAUCAAAUUGUGAUAGCCACACAGACCUGCGUUUUGAAGUCUGUUUAACUUUCCUGCAGUGGCGGCUCCUGAAAAAAUUCUCAGGGGGGGCAAUUUUUCUGAUUUAGGUGACCUACAUACAUUUUAAAAAAGAUAUGUCCAGCAACAACAUGAAGACAGGGGCAGCAUAUAAGUCAAUACUGAUAUACACAUUACUUGCUUCAAAAAGGCCUCAUGGUUGAAUUGGAAAUAUGUGCACCUGAGCAUAAUUCACAACAAGCAAGCAGGAGCUUUUGAUAGAGGCUACUGAAAACAUUGAUGCAAGUUAUUGGUAAUAAGAAAUUUUUAUAGACUUCCAUAUUCUGCCCUCUUGUAUAGAUUUGUGAAAAUGAACAGUGAUAGACAUUUUGCCUGAAAACAGAAUUUGAAAAUAAUUUCUAGAAAAGGUAAACACAGCUAUCUGUAUGGCUUUGUAAAAAUGAACAACCAUAUUCUGGCCAAUUGUAUAGAUUUGUAAAUAUGAACAACCAUAUUCUGGCCAAUUGUAUAGAUUUGUAAAAAUGAACAUGAACAGAUUUUAUUUUCUUUUUUUUAAAAUGAAAAAUAACUAUUUUAAACAACAUCAACUGUGAACUGAUUUGGGUGUGUGUUAAAGAGACAGACAGGGAGGGACAAAGAGAGAGAGAGAGGCUACAUUACUUGUACUGAAACUGUUCUAGCUUGCUGCAUGAUCAAAUUCAGCUGAUGUGCAUAGCAAUGCACGUAAUGGGCAUUCUUGAAAUGCUCACGCACCUUUUGCUGCACACCAGCCUUCUCUCCCCUCAUCACACUGGCUCCAUCGUAAGAUUGCGCAAUGAGUUUGACUUUCUCGUCGUCGGCAAAAAGACCGUUCAGUCUCUCCAAAAGCACACUGGCGAUUGAGACUGAGGUUGAUUCCGAGAUGGGAAGGAACUCCAAAAAGCGCUCCUGCACUUUGUGGUUGCUAUCUAUGUACCUCAGCACAAGCACCAGCUGUGUCUGUGUAGAAACGUCCGUGGUCUCGUCAGCUUGGAUAGCUACGAAGUUCGCCGACUUCACCUCCUCCACAAUAUGUUCCCUCAUGACCGCUAGCAUACACUCCAGUAGCUCGUUUUGAAUGGUCUUUGAUGUGCCCUUAAACUUUAGCAUUUUUAAGAUGGUCAUCAAACACCUCAUCUAAUUGUGCCACAAAGUUGACAAGUCCAAGAAAAAUACCAGGGUUGGUGGAGCCCUCAGUUUCAUCUUUGCCUCGCAAAGCUAGCCAUCUUGACAGUAGUACGUGAAUUGAUUAACGCUGCUACCCGUUCUUUUCUUAGUUAUGUUCAUGGUUAUGUUACGUAUGACGUAAGUGCAAGCCCUCCCGGAACCCAUAGAGAUUGUAUUGAAAGCUCUGAUAUUUGAAAAAAAAAAAGAUUUUACAUGAGUCUAUGAGAGACUUCUGGGGCGAUUUUCAACCUGACUGAAAUCGCCCCAAAAGGGGCGGGGCCAUUUGAAGCACGACUUUAGCCUGAUUGUACAUUUAGUGGCAGAUCAGACGUCUAGAUUAGAACACUGAUAACUACUGUUGCCGUGAUAUAAUUGAUUAGAAAAAAAAUCCCUUCCUUUUCCCGUUUGGCAGUGCGUCGCCCAUAUCGCCCUAAUGAACACACCGCCCCUGCUUUCCUGUGGAUAUUUUCUCUCAAAUUCGGCACUAUAUGAGAACCAACCCUACGGACAAUCGUCAGAUUUAAGUUAAAAUAUAACUGUAUUUAACUUUCGUGACAGACAAGGGACGUUUUUUUUCUCUUUUGUAAAAAUGUGUGGCGAGGCUGGCGUCGUCACGUCAGGACUACGUCCACAGUAGGACCUAACUCUCACCACGGCUUAUUUUCAGAUCUCAACCAAGAAAGCGAUGCACUGGAGACUUGGACCAGAGGACCACGAUGAUACUAUGCUGUGUGACUUUGAGAUGGCCUGUGAUUAUAUCCAGGAGGAGAUGCUGGUGAAGUCUGCAGACAAUGGUGUGGCCUGUCUUAACAUGGACAGACCCUGUGUUGGCUGAUUGGGGUGGUGGUUUUUAUGUUAAUUUUAAUAUUUAUAUGAAAUAAUAAAUUGCUCUAAUCAACGUUAUUGAUAGAAAGUAAACUGCUGUAUUUCUGCUAGAUGACCCAUCUCUUUGUCAUACUGCAGUUGACUCCCUAAUACCAAUCUUUCACAGGACAGAAAGUAAUGCAAAAAAAAGUACACAUUGAGCAGAUUUUUACAUUUUUGUUUGACUAGUUACAAUAAACUGUGACAAAGUGCACACUUUUGUUUUGAAAUGUUUGAUUAGGUAUCUGUGGGCAAAUAAAACCACAAAUUUUUACCAUAAGUCUUGCUGUGAUACAGUAUAAUUACUUUUUAUGAACAUUGAUUUACUGUAAUACUGGUGGUCUUUGGUCAAAUUAUCAUCCUUAUAUUGAACCUAGAAGUCUGUCUCUUGAAGCCAUGCUAGUGUUAUCGGGUGUAGAUCAGGAAGUAUUAACUCCAUGUGUACCAUAUACUUUUCUGUGAUCAUUUUCAUUUACGCUAACAAAUGAGACAACAGUUAGGACAAACUAUAGACUAUAACAAAUGACCCACCCCACACAGUUUAUGUUGCAAACGUUCGCACUAAUUUCUCUGAAGUGCUUUCAAUUACUGGUUACUUGAAUUGUGUGUUGUCACAUUAAAGCAUUAGACUUGACUCUCUCUGUGGAGUCCUGAGUUUGCUUUGUUUCCUAGGUGGCGGUGGGAUGCAUCACCCAUGAUUCUCUGUUACGUUUAAUAUCACACGAGGAGUACGCCGAUGAUGAGGUAUGUCUUUCAUUUGUAAUCUAAUGUGAAGCAGAAAUUUAUAUUUAAUCUUGAGGGACACUACACUGUGGUCAGAAUACACAGGCACUCCCUACCACUGUUUUUUAUUUUCAGAUAUCAACCAAGAAAGAGAUGCAUUGGAGACUUGGACCAGAGGACCACAAUGAUACUAUUCCCUACACUGGAGACUUGAACCAUAAUGCUGCUAUUCCCUACACUGGAGACUUGAACCAUAAUGCUGCUAUUCCCUAUGACUUCAAUAAUACUCUUCUGAAUGACUUUGAUAUGGACAGUGAAGAUACCCAGGAGGAGAUGACGUCUGCAGAGGAUGGUGUGUCCUGUCUAACACACAGAUACAGGUCUUGUAGUAUGGACAGACCCUCUGUUGGCUGAUUGGUGUGUCUGUUUUUAGAUUUUUGAAUAUGUAAUGUCUAAAUAUGUUAUGAAUUAACGUAAAUUAAUAAAAUUGAUCCAGAUUAUUUUGGCCUUUUAUUCAACGUUAUUGACAGUAAUUGAUCUCCCAAUUGACCCCCUCUAGUACCAGUCUUUCACAAUAAAUAAAUUGUCAUACAAACACAACUUUCUAAGAUAUGGAGCAGAUUAUAUUUUUGUUAGACUAUCAACAACCAACUCACAAACAUUGUUUUGAGAUGGUUAUGUAUCUAGGUUUAUUUGAACCUCUUGGUACAUAUGCAGGAACAUAAAUAAAAUGUGAUGUCAUAAAAUAUAAAACAAAAGAUGUGCUUGGGUGGGCAAGGAUGGGAGGUUGGGAAAAGCUUGGCUUGGGAGGGUGGGGUAAAGGGGGGGAGAAAAUUGGGAGAGGGAUGGGUUUGUCUUGGGAGUGAGAGGAGGAAGUACUUAACUAUACUACAAUGUAAACAAAUAUAUUAUUGUGACUUGCAAACCUGCUGUAAAAUGAAUGAGUUCUGGACAGAUUAGGAGAGGAUGCCGAGUCAUUAUUAUUCCUUGUUUGUCAAUAUAACUAAGAUCCAAUGGUGGUAAUUGGUGAGAGUGGAGGGGGGGAUCCGACACUUCUCUGAAGUAUGUGUGGGGCCUCCAUCUCACUUCAGUCUCUUGGUGGACCCAUUCUCCCCAGGUAGACACCCACCAGACAUUUAAUUUGCAAAGUAAUACAAACUGUCAAUAGGAAAAAUAAUAACUAAUGAUCUACAGCAAUACUUUAAGUGGACCACAAAAAAAUAUUAAAAUACUUAGAAUGCUUAAUAAGUGACAACAAACAACACAUUUAUAAAGAUUACUUUAUCCCAUUACUCAUCAAUAUGAAAGCAGAUCUAAUUAAAUUGAAUAAUCUUCCCAUAAAUCUUACAGGUAGAAUAAACGUCUUCAGAAUGGCAUGGCUCCCAAAGGUUUUGUAUUUAUUCUCGGUAAUACCAAUUACCCCACCGAAGACAAUCUUUAAAAAAGUAUACUAGGUCAUAACACACUUUUAUAGGGGCAAAUAAAACUCAUAGAAUAAAAAGGAAAGUUUUACAUCUUCCUGUGUCUGACGGUGGUUUUAACCUUCCAAACUUGGAAUUGUAUCAACUCGCCACCCAGGUAUUUAACUUGUGACACAUAGUUAAAUGCACUAAAGAGGCACAAUGGGUACAUAUUGAAGAUGCGCAUGCUCAUCCACAGAAUCUUUUCACGUGUCUAUUUUCAAAGGUAAGAACAUUAAUCCCCUAGAGGCAAUGUCAAAGUCUCAAUCCACCGGAUCCGCCAAUGGCGGCCUUCCGCAUCUGCGGUGGAAGGUGGCCGAGCUACAGCGGUGUUUGUCAGACCAGGAGACAUCCUGAAAAUUGGAGUUGUAGCUAGCGUCCGAAAGGUUUGGCCUACACACUAAUAUGACCUCUCUGUGGAAAGGUGAGACUCUCACGAGCAAGUACUUGUCAGUGUUUUGCUCUCUCUCUCUCUCUCUCUGUCUCUCUCUCUGUCCCCUCUCUCUCUGUCCCCCCUCUCUCUCUGUCCCCUGUCUCUCUGUCCCCUCUCUCUCUCCCUCUCCCCUCUCUCUCUGAUCCCUCUCUCUCUCUCCCCUCUCUCUCUGAUUCCUCUCUCUCUCUGUCCCCCCUCUCUCUGUCCUCUCUCUCUCUGUCCCCCCUCUCUCUGUCCUCUCUCUCUCUGUCCCCUCUCUCUCUGUCCCCCCUCUCUCUGUCCUCUCUCUCUCUGUCCCCUCUCUCUCUGUCCCCUCUCUCUCUGUCCCCCCGCUCUCUCUGUCCCCUCUCUCUCCCCUCUCUCUGUCCCCUCUCUCUCCCCUCUCUCUCUGUCCCCCCCGCUCUGUCCUCUCUCUCUCUGUCCCCUCUCUCUCUGUCCCCUCUCUCUCUCUCUCUCCCCUCUCUCUGAUCCCUCUCUCUCUCUCCCCUCUCUCUCCCGAUCCCCUCUCUCUCUGUCCCCCCUCUCUCUUCCCUCCUCUCUCUCUGUCCCCCUCUCUCUGUCCCUCUCUCUCUGUCCCCCUCCCUCUGUCCCCUCUCUCUCUGUCCUCCCUUCUCUCUUUCCCCCUCUCUCUCUCUCCCUCUCUCUCUGUCCCCCCGCUCUGUCCCCUCUCUCUCUGUCCCCCCUCUCUCUUCCCCUCUCUCUCUGUCCCCCUCUCUCUCCCCCUCUCUCUCUGUCCCCUCUCCUUCCCCUCUCUCUCUCUUCCCCCCGCUCUCUCCCCUCUCUCUCUCUCUCCCCUCUCUCUUUUCCCCCUCUCUCUGUCCCCCUCUCUCUCCUCUCUCUCUCUUUCCCCUCUCUCUCCCUCUCUCUCCUGUCCCCCCCUCUCUCCCCUCUCUCUCUGUCCCCUCUCUCUUGUCCCCCUCUCUCCCUCUCUCUGUCCCCCUCUCUCUCUGUCCCCUCUCUCUCUCCCCCUCUCUCUUCCUCUCUCUUGUCCCCCCGCUCUCUCCCCCUCUCUCUCUGUCCCCUCUCUCUCUUCCCCUCUCUCUCUCCUCUCCCCUUCUUCCUCUGUCCCAUCUCUCUCUUCCAACCUCUCUCUCUCGUCCCCUCUCUCUCUGUCCCCUCUCUCUUCCCUCUGUCUCCCCCUCUCUCUCCCUCCCUCUCUCUCUUCCCCCCGCUUCUCUCCCCUCUCUCUCUGUCCCCUCUCUCUCUCUCCCCCCUCCUCUGUCCCCUCCCUCUCUUCCUCGUCCUCUCUGUCCCCUCUCUCUCUGAUCCCCUCUCUCUCUGUCCCCCUCUCUCUCUGGUCCCCCCUCCCUCUCUCUCUCCACUCUCUAUGAUCCCUCUCGCUCUCUCCCCUCUCUCUCUGAUCCCUCUCUCUCUGUCCCAUCUCUCUCUGUACCCCCUCUCUCUCCCCCGCUCUCUCCCUUCUAUCUGUAACCUCUCUCUCUGAUCCCUAUCUCUCUCUACUCUCUCUGUCCCCCUAUCUCUCCUCCCCCUCUCUCUCUGUCCCCUCUCUCUCCCUCUAUCUCUACCCCUCUCUCUCCCUCUUCCUGAUCCCUCUCUCUCUUCCCCUCUCUCUCUGUCCCCUCUCUCUGUCCCCUCUCUCUCUGUCCCCUCUCUCUCUGUCCCCUCUCUCUCUGUCCCCUCUCUCUCUGUCCCCCCUCUCUCUCUGUCCCCUGUCCCCUCUCUCUCUGUCCCCUCUCUCUCUGUCCUCUGUCCCCUCUCUCUCUUUGUAGACGCCCACUAACCUCACACCACUCAUAUGAAGGUAGCCCGGCACCAGUUACAUUUUUUUAUGGAAGUAGUUUAGUGCCAAAAAAGGGGUUAAGUAUCGGUAUAAAAAAAUCUAAAUAAUAAUUUCCUGAUCUUCCUUAUAUCUCCCAGAUAUAGGACAGACACUUUGAAACAAACUUCCUUUUUAUUUAUUUUUUGAGUUUCUCCAUGUAUGAAUCUGUUUUUCAAUGUGUUUCUAUGGGCUAAUUAGCAGUAAGGCCAAAUUCAAUGUUUCAUCAAAUAUAUAUAUAUAUUUUUUAAUUGUUUAUACCUAGACUCUUAAGGAUUAACAACUUCAUAGCUAAGAACACUAUAACAAUAUGGAAGAAAAUGUAAGUAUUCUGCAAGAUUCAAUAUCACUCCCUUAAAAACACAACCCUAUGGAACAAUCCUUGGAUAGCUUUUCAGAAUUCACCGAUAAUGUGGUCCACAUGGAAACCUAAAGGCUUGGUAACAGGAAAUACAUUUAUUUCCAUGACAGAAUUAAAAAGCAAUUUUGGACUGACAAAUGUAUAUAUUUUCAAAUACAUGCAACUUAAAAGUUUCAUAUCAAGAAAUUUCUAUUUGAAAUCUUUUGGACAUGAGAGCAAUCUUGAGGGAAUAUUAUUUGAGUCAGAAAAUGAUAUUCAUAUGAUAGGGAAGACAUAGCAAACCUUGCAGAGAGUCGAUCCAAAUGACAAUCUCUUAAAAAAUAUAUUUAAACUAUUUGAACCAAGACUAAAAAAACUGAUAUUGGCUCAAGAUGGAGUGAAUGUUGAAACAAAACUAACGAGAUUACAGUUCAUGAAAAUGUACGCUUAAUCCAGUAUAAACUAAUGUAUAGAAUUUAUUACACGAGACAAAAUUCACAAAUUCUACAGCACAACGGCAGAGUCUUGUCUUAAGCGUAAAACUAACAAUGACUCAAUAGUUCAUGCCUUCUGGGAAUUCUAUAAAGUCCAAAAGUUAUGGGCGGAGUAAGAAAGUUAGCUGUCAGAAGUAUUACCGUGGAAACUGACUUUAAUCCGUCUGUCUGCAUAUUUCAAGACAUGGCAUAUGGGGGUGCAGUGAGAUACCUGAUGGAUUGGACGAUUCUUUUCUCAUCAAUCAUCUUGAAAAAACUAUACUUAACUGGAAAUCAACCAAUCCUCCAUCGUUAACAUUUACAUUUGAGUCAUUUAGCAGACGCUCUUAUCCCGAGCGACUUACAGUUAGUGAGUGCAUACAUUUUUCACUACUGAGUUCCAAACUGCCUCUGGAAGCAACGUCAGCACAAUAACUGUUCGUCGGGAGCUUCAUGAAAUGGGUUUCCAUGGCCGAGCAGCCGCACACAAGCCUAACAUCACCAAGCAUCGGCUGGAGUGGUGUAAAGCUUGCCACCAUUGGACUCUGGAGCAGUGGAAACGCAUUCUCUGGAGUGAUGAAUCACGCUUCACCAUCUGGCAGUCCGACGGAUGCCAUGGGAACGCUACCUGCCUGAGUGCAUAUUGCCAACUGUAAAGUUUAGCGGUGGAGGAAUAAUGGUCUGGGGCUGUUUUUCAUGGUUCGGACUAGGCCCCUUAGUUCCAGUGAAGGGAAAUCUUAAUGCUACAGCAUACAAUGACAUUCUAGACGAUUCUGUGCUUCCAACUUUGUGGCAACAGUUUGGGGAAGGCCCUUUCCUGUUUCAGCAUGGGCAUGCCCCCGUGCACAACGCGAGGUCCGUACAGAAAUGGUUUGUCAAGAUCGGUGUGGAAGAACUUGACUGGCCUGCACAGAGCCCUGACCUCAACCCCAUCGAACACCUUUGGGAUGAAUUGGAAUGCAGACUGCGAGCCAGGCAUAAUCGCCCAACAUCAGUGCCCGACCUCACUAACGCUCUUGUGGCUGAAUGGAAGCAAGUCCCCGCAGAAAUGUUCCAACAUCUAGUGGAAAGCCUUCCCAGAAGAGUGGAGGCUGUUAUAGCAAAGGGGGGGGGGGACCAACUCGUAUUAAUGCCCAUGAUUUUGGAAUGAGAUGUUCGACGAGCAGGUGUCCACACACUUUUGGUCAUGUAGUGUAUGUAUGUGAAAACCCCCUAAGUAAUGUAUCUGGGGACUGACCAGAUCUGGUGAUCUGGUGAUCUGCUUCUUGUAAAAUAAGAUCAUUCUUUCCCACAUUAGACAACUGUUGAAGAAUAGUCUUUAGUUUAUUAAAUUUGACCUUUUUAAAAGCAAGCACACAAACCUGAGAAAAGACAUACAUGUACGUGAGUAGAAUCAUGGAGGACAAUAAAAGUCUGGGGCUUCUUUCCAUUUGUCACGCCCUGACCUUGGAGAUCCCUUUAAUUCUCUAGUUGGUUAGGGUCAGGGUGUGAUUCGGGUGUCCAUUCUAGGUUUUCUAUUUCUUUGUUGGCCCGGGUGUGGUUCCCAAUCAGAGGCAGCUGUCGAUCGUUGUCUCUGAUUGGGGAUCAUACUUAGGCAGCCUUUUUCCCACCUUAGUUUACAUUUUAGUCAUUUAGCAGACGCUCUUAUCCAGAGCGACUUACAUUCUUUUUUUUUUUUUUCUCCAUACCCCGCGUGGGAAUCGAACCCACAACCCUGCCGUUGCAAACACCAUGCUCUUUGUGGGAUCUUGUUUCUGGUUAGUAGCUGUGUAGCAUGCAGAACUUUACGUUAGUUUGUAUUUUGUUGUUUUGAGAGUGUGUUCAGUUAUUAAACUAAUAUGUUCUCAUACCACGCUGCACCUUGGUCCGAUCCUUUACUCAACGUUCGUGACACCGUUGUGGUCCUCUUGAAACAAGAUGGCUGAACUGUAGACAGUAUAGCAGUGAAAGAUAAAUCACAAAAAUAUAUAUAUAUGUCUUUCCUUUGUUUCUGGAGUACAUCCCUCUAGAGAUGUAGAUGCUAGUCUUCUGUUAAAUAAAUAGAAUUCACGUGUGACUUAAUACAUAGAAAUCCAAUACCUUUAUUUUACAUUCAUACAUCUAUAAAUUGUACAAUAACUUGAACGCAGUAAAAAAAAAAAAAAAAAAAAAAGAAUUUGCAUGUUGUAAGGUUGGUGAAAAUAUUCUUUUUUUUUUUUUAAUGACACGCACACCUGAAAGAAAAAUAAAAUAAAAAAUAGGACUAGUGCUGUCCUUGAGUUGUACCUUUUAUAAACAGAACUGGGCUGAAUGGAAAGGAAUUCAGUCGCCAUAGAAAAGGCACCUUUAGUACACAGUGUAUGUACAAACUUAUAUUUAUUUUUAUUUAUUUUUGUCAUUUAGCAGACGCUCUUAUCCAAAGCGACUUACAGGAGCAAUUAGGGUUAAGUGCCUUGCUCAAGGGCACGUCGACAGAUUUUUUUACCUAGUCGGCUCGGGGAUUAGAACCAGCGACCUUUCGGUUACUGGCACAACGCUCUUACCCACUAAGCUACCUUAUACACCUUUUACUGUAGCUUCUAGUACAAUGACAACUGGAAACCUUCACGUAACAAAAAAAAACUAAUAAUACAGGUCCAUACAAAUACAUUUGAAGCAAAAUAUCUUCUUGGUCAUACCAAAGCAGUACCUUGAAAUGCAUAUUUUAACAUUUAAAUUCUAGAUUGGCUCUGCCAGCAGAGGGCAACCCAGUGGAUAUAAUUAGUUAAUUACACAGUAUGUCACAAUAUUUACGUAUGCAGUUGCCCGCUUCAUUGAUUGUUAACUAUUGGCGACAGUAGUGACGUACGUACACCUCAUCAUCAUGCAUCAUUUUGCCUUCCUACAAGAGCAGCAGUCAUUCUUAGGAGUUCAAAAACCAAACGUUUUUCCUUUCACAUGAAAAAGGUCUACAUGGUAUAACAUAUAGAUAUAAAAUCUAUAGACAAUUCAAUAUCUUAUACAGCCAGGAGAAAUACCAUUUUACCUUAAAAUAUACUGUACCCCUCUUCAAAAUCGAAACGUCAACGCUUUCAGAAAAGUUAUUUGAUAUAAAAUACCGUAAUCCUUCACUGGAUUUUUAUGUUUACAUUCCGUCCUAGCUUCCCCCCCCCCCCAAUCAACAAAAUAAAGCUUUUAUAUUCCUCUAAAGCGUAAAAACACUCCCAACUAAAUUAAAUAUAUAAUGUUAAUAUAUAGAAACAAUAAAAGGGACUAAGAUACCACAGGUGGUUCUACGUUCACAUGUUAGAGGAAACCCGUUUAGAAAAUGGCAAUACACUGCCAUGUUAAAGGAUCAUCAUCUGAUACAACACAGUGUGGCACUGCAAUUUUGGAUGAUUGUACACGUUGGGGGGUCUUUCAAUGCCAUGGUCAAGAUUGCUGCCCCCCCCCCCCCCUGUCUGUCUGUCUGCCUGCUACAGUUCAGCAUGCCUUGGUCAGGUCGGUUGAUCCAUCUGCCUGAUCCAGUUCAGCAUGCCUUGGUCAGGUCGGUUGAUCUAUCUGCCUGAUCCAGUUCAGCAUGCCUUGGUCAGGUCGGUUGGCAGCUCUGUAGUGGACAUGCGGUACUGGAUCUUGGUGUUGGUAAUCGCUCCGUGUUUCUGUCUAAGGUGCAAUCGAAGCUGACUCUUGUGGCGAAAGUGCAAGUUGCAUUUCUCACACUGAAAAAUAAAAAGAAGGUCAGUUUUUUUUCCUCCGAUCUUCCUGGUUUAACACCUCGAUUUCAGUGUGUACAUCAAUGCCACACUGACUGAUAGAUCAAGUUGAAUUGUGUAGUUUGUGUCCUUACAUGAUAGGGUGUGUAUUAUGGUGUUGUACUUCCAUGAUAGGGUGUGUAUUAUGGUGUUGUACUUACAUGAUAGGGUGUGUAUUAUGGUGUUGUACUUCCAUGAUAGGGUGUGUAUUAUGGUGUUGUACUUCCAUGAUAGGGUGUGUAUUAUGGUGUUGUACUUCCAUGAUAGGGUGUGUAUUAUGGUGUUGUACUUCCAUGAUAGGGUGUGUAUUAUGGUGUUGUACUUCCAUGAUAGGGUGUGUAUGAUGGUGUUGUACUUCCAUGAUAGGGUGUGUAUUAUGGUGUUGUACUUCCAUGAUAGGGUGUGUAUUAUGGUGUUGUACUUCAUGAUAGGGUGUGUAUUAUGGUGUUGUACUUCCAUGAUAGGGUGUGUAUUAUGGUGUUGUACUUCCAUGAUAGGGUGUGUAUUAUGGUGUUGUACUUCCCAUGAUAGGGUGUGUAUUAUGGUGUUGUACUUCCAUGAUAGGGGUGUAUUAUGGUGUUGUACUUCCAUGAUAGGGUGUGUAUUAUGGUGUUGUACUUACAUGAUAGGGUGUGUAUCAUGGGUUGUACUUCCAUGAUGGGUGUGUAUAUGGUGUUGUACUUCCAUGAUAGGGUGUGUAUUAUGGUGUUGUACUUCAUGAUAGGGUGUGUAUUAUGGUGUUGUACUUCCAUGAUAGGGUGUGUAUUAUGGUUUUGUACUUACAUGAUAGGGUUGUGUAUAUGGUGUUGUACUUCAUGAUAGGGUGUGUAUUAUGGUGUUGUACUUCCAUGAUAGGGGAUGUGUAUUAUGGUGUUGUACUUCCAUGAUAGGGGUGUAUUAUGGGUGUUGUACUUCAUGAUAGGUGUGUUAUGGUGUUGUACUUCCAUGAUAGGGUGUGUAUUAUGGUGUUGUACUUCCAUGAUAGGGUGUGUAUAUGGUGUUGUACUUCCAUGAUAGGGUGGUAUUAUGGUGUUGUACUUCAUGAUAGGGUGUGUAUUAUGGUGUUGUACUUCCAUGAUAGGGUGUGUAUUAUGGUGUUGUACUUCCAUGAUAGGGUGUGUAUUAUGGUGUUGUACUUCCAUGAUAGGGUGUGUAUUAUGGUGUUGUACUUCCAUGAUAGGGUGUGUAUUAUGGUGUUGUACUUCCAUGAUAGGGUGUGUAUUAUGGUGUUGUACUUCCAUGAUAGGGUGUGUAUUAUGGUGUUGUACUUCCAUGAUAGGGUGUGUAUUAUGGUGUUGUACUUCCAUGAUAGGGUGUGUAUUAUGGUGUUGUACUUCCAUGAUAGGGUGUGUAUUAUGGUGUUGUACUUCCAUGAUAGGGUGUGUAUUAUGGUGUUGUACUUCCAUGAUAGGGUGUGUAUUAUGGUGUUGUACUUCCAUGAUAGGGUGUGUAUUAUGGUGUUGUACUUCCAUGAUAGGGUGUGUAUUAUGGUGUUGUACUUCCAUGAUAGGGUGUGUAUUAUGGUGUUGUACUUCCAUGAUAGGGUGUGUAUUAUGGUGUUGUACUUCCAUGAUAGGGUGUGUAUUAUGGUGUUGUACUUCCAUGAUAGGGUGUGUAUUAUGGUGUUGUACUUCCAUGAUAGGGUGUGUAUUAUGGUGUUGUACUUCCAUGAUAGGGUGUGUAUUAUGGUGUUGUACUUCCAUGAUAGGGUGUGUAUUAUGGUGUUGUACUUACAUGAUAGGGCUUUUCUCCUGUGUGUAUGCGCAGGUGACUCUUCAGCGUCUGCAGGUGACGGAAGCGAGUUCCACAGAUCUCACACGGGUAUGGCUUCUCCCCGGUGUGGAUCAACACAUGGGCACGGAGAUGAGCAACCUGACGACGACAACAACUACGUGAUGAGACUACUGGGUCAGUGUGGUGGUGAGUUGAAUUUUACGAAGACUACAAAGAAGAAAUGAGUGGGGAAGAAGGGAUAUGCAGCAUAGCAGUGGUAGACCAGCCCUACUUGUUGAAAAGAGAGGAGCUCUGCUCACCUGCACAAAUCGAGCACCGCACGUCUCACAUUUGUAUGGCUUUUCUCCUGAGUGGAUGCGAGUAUGGGUCUUGAGGUUAGCUGGUCGGUUGAACUGAGCACCGCAGAUGUUGCAACGAUACGGCUUCUCUCCUGCAACGCAAAAAAUAAAAUACAAAAUACAGAGCAAACGGUUAGCUAGGUACCAAACUUAGUGGGCAGAGCAGUUAACGCGUGUUUGUUAUUGCUUCUACGUACCCGUGUGGACGGUCUUGUGGCUGGCGAGGUUACCCUUGUAGCGGAAAGCGGCUUGGCAGCGGUCACACUUGUAUGGCUUAUCACUGUGGACCUGCAGCAUGUGGCGCUUCAGGGCGCCGUCGUCAGCAAACUUGGAGUCGCAUUCGUUACAAAAGAACGUACCAUUUUCUGUAAGGAGAAGCAUUAGGUCAACUAAUGAAUAAAAUCAAGAUUGGUGGUGCUUCAAUCAUUUUCAAGAAGGCCUCAUGUAUAAGCAACAAGCAGCUAAGCUUGCCUCUGUCCAUGAGGUGGUCAUGUCUGCCUCGCAAAUGGCACCCUGUUCCCUAUAUACAGACCUGCUAUCUUAAUUUGAUCAUUGUUGUUGCAGAGUAUUUUCCUAUACUGCAGGAAAUGCAAAUUGUAGUGUAUUCAAUGUUUAAAAGGCUUCUAGAGUUUGUAAUUUCCACUUUAAAAAUGUGACUUGACCUAAUGAAACAUUUAUCAACCCCUACAAAAAUAUCCAGUAAUUAUAAUCCACAUAAUUCAGAUUUCCUGUUGCUGCAGGAUUAUUUUCCUGCUGUGAGAACCAGGGUCAUAUUAAGACCGCGCAUCUGUAGUGCACUACUUCCUUAUAUUCCCUAUAUAAGUAGUGCACUACUUCCUUAUAUUCCCUAUAUAAAGUAGUGCACUACACAGGGAAUAGGGAGUCAUUUGCGACUCAUCCAGUGUUCAAAAGCAGCGUGUGCUCACCACAGCUGGAGUCGGAGUACUCAGAGUGCAGCUCUGCCAUCUCCUCCGCUAAACGGGAGGCCGGGGUGUUGGGACACACUUCAGAGUGCUGCGGGGGAGGAGCGCCGCAGGAGGUGCACUUUAAGUGGCCGAUGUAGAGAGAGGAGUGGCUGUCAGCGCUCCUCUGUGAUCCAUCCAGAGCUCUGGAGACACUAAAACAAACAGCUGCGUGUCAGACGGCAUUCCUCCACAACAACAAUUCAGAUGCAAGAGGGGGGGGGGGGCAGAAAGAGGGGGGGGGUGGGCAGAAAGAGGGGGGGGGGGGGGGCAGAAAGAGGGGGGGGGGGUGGGCAGAAAGAGGGGGGGGGGGGUGGGCAGAAAGAGGGGGGGGGGGUGGGCAGAAAGAGGGGGGGGGGGGUGGGCAGAAAGAGGGGGGGGGGGUGGGCAGAAAGAGACGAGGCUACAGGUGGCAGUGGAAGGCAGUCAUCUAGGGCCAUGCCAUCAUGUUAGAAAUUGCUUUAUUAAAACUUGUGACGGUGGACAAAAAAAGUUGCAGCGAUACUUUUGACGGCAAACAAAAUUUAAAAGAUAAAACAAAAGCAUUUUAAAGUCCUAGACAUCAAAAUGGGAGCAAUCAAGCAUUUAUGCUACAGUUAUUCUACAUGUAUAGCUCAGUGUUUGAUCCAGUACAACCGUAGGCCUUACCUGUUGAUGAUGUUGUUGAGUCGGGAGGCCUGUGGAGCCAGCAGAUCCUCUACGUGCUCGCUGAUCUUUGUGUUGGCCUGCGUGUCCAGGUGCUCUGGGUCGGAGUGGUGGGGGUAGGGGGGCAGGCCCAGGCGCUGGGGGGAGCGGAGCCGCGGCUCCUGCAGCCCAACGUCCUCCUCCUCCUUGGCGGCGCUCUGAUUGAGCACGAUGAACUUGUACUUCUUCCAGUUGCGUGCCUUGGGGUCCUGGCUUCCCUGUGGGGGCUGGGCACCACACCGGCCAGCCUGGGAGAGGGACAGACCAGCGUUCUUACUGCUGCUGGACUCGGUGGGGGAGUUGGGCUGGCAGUCAGAUUUGAGCGGGCUCUGAGGGCUGCUCAUCAGGCCUUUCCGUCCGGCUGAGGAGAUCCCCAGAGGGUAGUGCUGCUGGCUCAUGUCUUCCUCUGUAGUCUGAGGACCGUGCUCCUUACCCAGAACCACCACCUGCUGCUUGUGGCCCGCCGUGGCAAACGCUCUCUUCCUGGAGCCUCCCACCCCACCAGCCUGGCUGACCCCUCCCUCGUGGAUCUCCUUCCUUAUCUCCUCCUCCCUGGAGGAGACGUAGCUGGUUGCUGCCUCCCUGGAGGAGACGUAGCUGGUUGUAUGGUGGAUGCUGGCCGAGCCCCCGCUCAACGCCCGGCUGUACUCAACCCUCAUGGCGCUGCUCGUGUCCGGGGGGGAACAGUGCUUGUGGUGGAUCCCGUCUUUAGAGAAGUCAGAGAACGCGUUUUUGGUGUCUGUCAGCUUGCAGAGAGGGAAAGGGAACCCCUGGACAGGGAACUGGCCGUAGAGGUGGUAGUUGCUGGGGGAGUUGACUCCGUUGAACAUGCUGGAGCCGUAGGGUCUCCCGUCUCUGAAGGGGCCGACCCGGCCGGGCAGGUUGUCGACCACAUUGUGGGGCCGGUAUGCAUGGACGUCCUGAGGUAA